UGGCUCACUGUUAGGUCAGAUUCACAUGUAGGUUUUCAUUACGGAAGCAUAGCGCAACCCCAGAAAAUUUAAGUGUUUUUUUAUGAAGCGAUUUAGUCUAAAAAUGCCAAUCGCCAAAUUAUUUUAACCUUCACAGUACUUACACUACGAAAGUUGUACUGCUCCAUUUUUCCUGCCCUCCAGGCAGCCCCAGCCCCACCAGUGCGUGUCUGUCACCGGCCGACCAUGGCGAUGUUCAGCACGGGCGUCCUGGUCCUCACCUCCCCGCUGCACACCCUCCCCGUGCGCAUCGCACCUGUCCUCAGCUCAGCCGCCCAGGUGGUGGAGAGGACCCUCUAUGUGCACCUGCACCCGGGGCUCAACCUGGGCAGCACAGGCCAGGCCCGACCGGUCUGCAUCCCCCCGGUGGCGGAUGUUUCCAGCCUCAUUUCCCGUCUCUACAGCAACGCGGCCGACGUGUGCGGGCACCUGGACGUGCGGGUGUUGCUCACCAAUUUUCGGGCCCAGCAGGGCUUGGUUGGGACGAAGGGGAGCAAUAACCCCUUCCCUUCCCCGCAGACCCUGUCACACUCCCCGGAGGUCGUGCUGACUGAUUUCCCUCUGCAGGACCCGGGCCAGUCUCCACUGGUGGCCCAGUGCCUGCAGAAGUACGCCGGGUGCUGCUACGCCUGCAGCCCAGGAUUGACCUCUGUGCUGCUGCACCCCCAGCUGAAAUCUCUGCAGGAGGAGGACGCGCUGAAGAGCGGUGGGGUGGGUGAAGCAGAGCCUCUGGAGACUUACAGUGACGUGGUGGUGGGGGGCACUUUCGACCGGCUCCACGGGGCACACAAGACCCUGCUCAACAUCUCCUGCCUCCUGGCAAACAGGCGCUUUGUGAUUGGGCUUUGUGAUACAGAACUGUUGAAAAACAAAGUGCUGAAGGAGUUGAUAGAGCCCUACGAAUUACGAGCGGAAAGGCUCCGGGAGUUCCUCCGAGACAUCAAGCCUUCACUGCAGUACGAGAUCGUGCCCAUCUCCGAGCCCUUUGGCCCCUCCAUCACCGACUCCGAGCUGCAGUGCAUUGUGGUCAGCGAAGAGACGAGGAAGGGAGGCGCGGCUGUCAACAAGAAGCGCCUGGAAAACGGUCUCUCAGAGCUGGUGCUGUAUGAGAUCCAAGUCAUCAAAGAUGCCCACCACAGUGAGAUCGAGGAGGAAAAGAUCAGCUCCUCCAGCUUUCGCUCACGACUGCUAGGAACUCUGCUUACGCCCCCCAAGGACAAUCCCCUCCUCCCCCAUGUUCCAUACGUGAUCGGACUGUCAGGGGGCAGUGGCAGUGGGAAGAGUUCCAUCGCCCGACGUCUAGAGGCUCUGGGAGCAGUCUGCAUCGAUGGUGACCAGAUGGGGCAUGAAACCUACCGUCCUGGAGCAACUGCUUACCAGAGAGUGGUAGAGGAAUUUGGCAAUGAUAUUCUGAACGAGGAUAAAACGAUCAACAGAGGCGCCCUUGGCAAAAAAGUAUUUGGAAACAAGGAGAGGUUGCAGUCCCUCACUGAUAUUGUGUGGCCAGAAAUAGCACUCUGUGUGAAGCAGAAGAUCCAGCAGGCCAGAGAGGAAGGAAAGCAGGUGUGUGUUGUGGAUGCAGCUGUACUGCUGGAAGCUGGCUGGACUGAUAUGGUACACGAGGUCUGGGUCACCGUCAUCCCGGAGGAAGAGGCGGUGUCGCGGAUCACUGCGCGGGAUGGGUUGAGCGAGGAGGACGCGCGGAGGAGACUGCAGAGCCAGUGGUCUAACGCCCAACGAGUCGAGCACGCCAACGUGGUGUUGUGCACCCUGUGGGACCCUGAUAUCACACAGAGACAAGUUCAAAAGGCCUGGGACCUCCUACAGGAGAGAAUUUGCAAGCGUCAGGUGAAGAGCAGCCUCUGAUUGAAUGUUGUGAACAGCGGCAUUAACAAAGAACCUUCAGCCAGGAUCUGGCUGGAUAAAGCCUGGCGUGUGUAAUAGGGGAUGUCACUGAUGAAUGAAUAAGCCAUCAACGGAACUGUGUGUGAAUUUUGAGAAGUGAGCGACCCAGAGGUUUGAUUAUGAUGUAGUAUGUACUGUUAGUGUCAAAUUCAUUGGCCUGUCACGGUACCAUAGCCAGGCUGGUUUAUAACCAUUUGAUACAAAAUGUGCCUGUAAUAUAAAAUGUCAUAAUUGCUGGAUAUGUUUCUGAGUUUAUUUUUACAAACUAGAUUUGCUUCUGGCAUUGUUUAAGAAUGAUACUCCUGCUGUGAUAAAAGGCUAACAUGAGGCCGGACUGUUCCUAUUCUACGUGACAAAAGUGUACCAGUAAUGUAUGGUUGAAAGUGAGUCAGAUUGUAUUUUAACAGUGCUGCAAAUAUCUUAUUUUUUUGUACAGCUUACUCCUUCAGAACACUGAACUGUAAAGACUGAGCGAUAGAAUGUUGUACAUGGUACAGUACUGCUAUUUUAAACAAAUGCAUGGCCAGAAGUGCACAACACUAAUUAAGUUUUAACAAGUGGGGUUAUUUGGGCAAUAAAAGAUUAUUUGGUUUAAGUUGAACUAUACUGAGAUUGAUAAGUACCAUGUACAGUAAGUUAUAUAAACAUUAACAUUAUAAACAUUUUAAAACAAAACUGAAA